GCGCGACAUUGAAAUGCGGCGGGGGUUUUCGUUCCUUGUAACAGGGCUUGUUUCAGGUGGUUCAUCCUGAGAUAUUGCUCAUUAUAAUAAAUAAUAUACAUCUAUCAAUGAGUGUCUGGCGCAGACUUCAAAGGGUUGGAAAAAAAGCAGCGAAAUUUCAGAUCACUGCUUCUUUGCAUGAGCUGAAUAUUGAAUGCUCACGUCAAUACAGCCCCGGAAACUUAGUAGUUGUUUGGUCUCGUCGCAGUCGGCGAUAUUCUUCCAAAGUAAAUCAUAUAUUCAUCAUCAACUAGUUUUAGUUUUUGUAUUUUAUUUUGAAAUUAAUUUAUUUGUUAAUGGUCAUUUUGCUAUGUAACAAAUAUAUUAUUUGUCUAGUGAGCUUCAACUCCGGUCGACGGAAUUAAAACGAACGGUAAUCUGUACACACUAUGUGUCCCAAGCCAAUAAGCUGUCCAAGUACACAGAAGUAAAAACUGUCUUCAAUGUUAGUUAUUUGUUGUUAGAUGUCUUAUCUAUUAGUUGAAAAUUUUCAAAUAAAUCCAAAGAAAAUCGAAGCUUCGAUCACUCAAGUAAUGAUCUGUUGUACUAAAUUCUGUUUAAAGGGAAUUCACAUUCUAAUUUGUGAAUGAGUUUUGAAAUACCACUGAAUACGUUUUGUGUGGUCUAGUUGAAUGUGUUCAUUUUAGCAGUUCGUAAUAUCGAAUAGCUUAGUUAUCAUCUUGUUUCAUUGAUUUGAGGCUCCGGUAAUGAAUAAUAUCUAUCUGAAAGUUUCACUUCCCUCGAAACUGAGCUGAAGGUGAUUUCUGUAGUUGUAAUAUGAUCACUAGGAUUUCACCACCAGUCUCUAUAAAAGGACAUUAAUACCAUAAUUUAAGUUUGCAGAUGGGUGAAACAUCGUUUUCCAGAUAAGAGAUUUUUCUAGAUGCUGAAUCCACAUGUUAUUGAAGUUAUAUUACGUACCGAUAUAUUUUUAUUAUGUAAGAUGGAAACCUAGUAGGGCUAUUGGAAAGCUUUACUUAUCUAAAAUUGGAAAACCUAUCAAUUCAAAUUUUUUCAGUAUUUUAGUAGUUAUAUUUCUAUUUACCUACUGUCCUACCUUAUUUUAAGGUUUGUAGUGAGCCAUCUAUAAAUAUUUUCAGUUCUGACUGCUUAAAAUUUUCGGAGAUUCCUCACAACAAAUCUGAAAAAAAGUGAAGAUGGAUGAUUUUUCAAAAUAACAUUCAUGGAAAACUAUCGAUAUCGGAGGCGAAUAACGAGAAUCAUUAACGUAUGAAUCUCCUCGUUUCGCUGCGCUAUAACAAUUUCACUUGUUGCUUUAUAGAUCUGUUUAGGUUUGAUUGCAUCAACAACAGUUGUAAUCUUCCAACCAAAUAUUAUUUCUGUUAGAGAAAGUUAAUUUAAUGUUCAUAGUUUUGAAGUUUUUCAAUAGAGUAACAAACAUUACCUGAGAUUACACUUUUUUUCAUGCCAUCCAAUCAAAUUUCCACGCGUUCAAAGCUGGAUCAGGAAAAGUGUGGUUAGUCGCUUAAACUGCAGUUACUAAAACAUUUUCUUUACGCCCUCGACUGUUAUAGUCAGUGAUAUUAUAGGUAUAAAUGCCAAGGUUGGACUUGGUAGUUUCAAAUAAAUUGAGCAUUGGGUAGAGAGUUGAUAGUAAAUAUGUGUUCGUUAUAUCUCAAUGAGUAGAAAAAAUGUAUUUGUGAUUUAACAUAAGCCACUUCUUCAGAGUAAAUAAAUAGCCGAAUUCAUUUAUUAAAGCUGAUCUAUCGCGUUCAUGAAUAGCAGUCACCAUUUUUGCAUAGGAGAUUGAAUGCUUUAAGUGAAAAAUAGGUUUGUCUUUAGGCUUCAAGUUAAAGAAAACUUGAACAAAAUUAGCAGUAUGGACCACACCUAAAUAUGUUCUUGAUCUACUUGCUGCCAUAGAUGUGUCAUGUUCGAGGUUGAUGAGGCAUUGAAGUCCUGUUGUCGCCAUCUUUUUUAUCAUUUUAAGAUCUUGUUCGGCAAACUAUAGAAUUGUGCAUCGUUAAAUUCACAAAUAAAAUCUCGUCAUUUAAAUUGAUUCGAGGUUAUUGUAUUGACUUUAAGUCUUUCAAUUUCUCUUUGAACCUUACCAGUUUAUGUAUAUCUUGCGAUCAUCAUGAGAAGGCUUCAACUUUUAAAAGCACUGAUAUCAAAUACUCAACAAAAGUUGUCCAUAAAAAUUUUAACUUAUCAUUAAAUGUGGCAAUCAUAAGUAUUCUUCGGAAGUAUAAAAUCCAUACACACGUUAUAUUCUUAUGUGCCAAGCUUUUUCAGUAGUAGUUGGGUUUAGACCACAUCAUAAAUACCAGGAUGUUCAACCCGAAAAGCUUUUUUUACAUAGAAUUAAUCGUGUAUGGAAUGUAAGGACGGGCCACUGCGAUGAAAUAACUUACUGAUGGGAUUAGUAGUUUUCCUACACUCAUGUAUUUGAGUUUCACAGUGUGCAAACUUGAUAGAUGACUUUCAAGUCAAAACUUGAACAAUCUUUAGUUAAAGCUGGAUAGUAGUUUAGAUCCACGUAAAAAAAGGUACUUUAAGAUAACGCAAACAUCACACCGAGUAGGUAGGCUCUAGUGGAUUAUAGUAAUAGAAAACUCGAAUGCUCCCCUAGUACUUUAUGUAUCACUGAGCCGCGGGAAUAUUAUUACUUAAAAAAAAUACAAAUCUUUAUUCAAUUUAGAAUUAUAGCGAAAAAGCAGAUAAGUGAUAUGUGGUGAUCACUACAAAGGUAAUAAAUUAUUCAGUAAAGUUAUUCACACCACGUAGCAGUAUGAGUUAAAAUAUAAAUUUGAGAUUUUUCUGCUUCAUCGAUCAGCAGCUUAAAAUGUUGAUUUCUAAUUUAAUCAGUUUUUUUUUCAAAAUAUAAGAACUUGCCAAAAUACGACGGAUUUGUUAAUUUCUGCCUAAAAAUGUCUAAUAAAUCUAGAGUGGUUAGAAAUCGGUGGCCAACAACUUAUCUGUGUUUUGUUCAGAGAUUGAACAAAUCAAAACUCCAAUACUAUACAGGUCUGUACUAUAAUCUGAGCAACCAAUAAGUAUUGGUAUGUUGUUUAUCAAUCUAAUAACUGAAAUCUAUUCAUCGUAAAAAACAAUAUAUUGUUAAAAAAGACCAUUGAUUGUAAAUGUAAUUAAUUGACCAUAUCAAUCUCAUUUAUGUAUUUUGACUUUACUCGUUAUCACUACUUUUUAAGAUAUUUAUAUUUAUUUAUUUCCCAGUCAUUUGAACCUGUUAAAAGUUCCGGCAAUUCAAAUUCAUUUAAAUAUGUUUGGUCUAUGCCGGAGAACAUAGAAUUCGUCACUACUUUAUAUCGAAAUGAAAAAGCAAUUCAAUUUGAAGAAAAAGAAUGGAUAUGUCAAAUCGAAGAUGUUGGAUCUAAAACUGCAGGUUUGCUUUCAGGAUCUACGCCAUCGGUUAGACGACGUGUACUUGCUACCAGACAAAUCGAUAUAGCCGAAUUCGUCUCAGAUUUACCUGUGCAAACAAAUCUCAAAGUAGUCAUGCGUCUCGCUUCUAAAAAGUUAAUAUCUGCUACAGUUCUCCUUACGUUAAAUUCCGUUAUUGUAAAAGCUGGAGAAGCCACCGAUGAAGACAUGAUAUCCAUAGCAUCACUCAUGUCAUUAAGUCGUACUGGGAGUUUUAACGUUGGCAGUGGAGUGACGAUUAACGAUUUAGGUGGUGUCCCAGCAUUUUCACCAACAACAGCAAGGCACGCUAACACAGAUGAUUUUAAUUCACAUUCCUUUUCAAAUAGUACUUUUCAUACUGAUCUUAGUGAAUUAACUGCUAAACUACAAUCUUUGGAAAGACGUCAAAUAGACCCUCUUGUAGAAUCUCCUAUAAAGACAAACGGCAAUUUUUUAGAUUAUUCUUCUGAAUUAGAUAAUUCUAAAAAAACUCUAAAUAGUUCGAAAAACCAAGAUUCACUCUCAUCUACGGUCGAUGAUAUGUUGUCGAAACCACCUAUUCCUUCUUUUGGUAAAACAAUAUCUAAUUCCUCUGGAUUAAAGCCUAUUUCAACUCAAAGUCGAUAUGAUUUACUUCUAUGGUGUCAGUUGGUGACUAAAUCUUAUGACAAUAUACAAAUAACUGAUCUUACUACAUCAUUCCAGAAUGGAUUGGCUUUUUGUGCUAUCCUGCAUCACUUUUUUCCUGAUCGAAUUGACUACGACUCAUUGUCUUCGGAGAACCCUCUACAGAAUUGUCGACUGGCGUUCGAUGUGGCUUCUAAAUUGGGAGUGCCCCGUGUACUUGAUCCAAGUGAAGUAGUUUCUAAAAGUCGUUCACCUGAUUUGCUCAGUAUGAUGACAUACCUCCAUCAAAUCCGUACAUUUUGCUGCGAACGAACAAAAAAUAUUGAUGAGAAUUCUUCAUGUACAAACGAUAACUUGGUAUUAAAUGGGAUCAUUGAACAAUGUUGUAUCAAAACUAACAACUCAGAAACGAAUCAUAGUUUGCAGGAAAAUGAGAAUCCACCGGAUGAAAACUCAAACAAUGUUAAAAAUGAUUUAUCUAAUCCAGAUAAAGCUGUUAGAUCCACAUCUAAAAAGAAAAUUCCUUUGAUGAAUUAUGAACAUAUGUUGACAAAAGCACGUAGUCUCUUGCAACAAUCACGUCUAAAUUAUUUAGCACCAACAAGUCGACCUGGUGCUUUACCGCCUUUAGCACAUCCUCGUAAAUCACAUCCUAUAUCUGGUUCAUUGACAGCAAUCCAUUCAGUGGAUGAAAAUUUUAACCGAAAUUCAGUGGCAGGAGAAAGUUUAACGAAUACUACAUUAACUGACGGACAAAAUCAUCGAUUGACUGAUACAAAGUUAUGUACAAAACAUCGAAAAUCUCAUAAAACUCUGUACAGAUUUAAUUCAGAUGGCACAAUAUGUAUACCGAAUGUUGAUACCUCAUUAAAUUCCAUUUCUAAGCCAUUUCGAUUUUCAACGAGUAAUAUUUUUCCAACACUUAGUAAACCUACACAGUCAACUGUUGACACAAGAUUUUCUCCGGAACAAAUGAAAGUUAGGCGUCUACGUCUGUCACAAAUGAAUCUCUUUGCAUCAGGUCGAGGUAGUGGUGCACCAGUACCUAUACGUAUUGGUGAACAUCAUUUGGAUAAUAAAACGGAUAACCGAACUCAUGUUUCCAAUGCUACCAAAAAUCAAGGCUCUUCAAUCAAUACCAAUUCGUCUAAUGCACUUCUCUCCGUUUCGAAUUAUAUCAGCAAUGAGCAGGCUGAAUUAGAAGAGGCACAAAAAGAGUUAGAUAAAGAAGCAGCUGUACUAGAGCAGCGUUUACGCCAACAAAUGGCAUACGAACCAGGCACUGCAUCAGAAGAAAAAUUGUUAAGACGAUGGUUUAUUUUAGUCAAUAAGAAGAAUGCCCUAAUUCAUCGGGGCUUCCAGUUGUCUAUAAUGGAGAAGGAAGAUGAUUUGAAAAAGAAAAUGAAAAUGUUGCAGGAUGAAUUACGAUCAAUUUUAUCCGUUGAAGAUUAUUUGAAAACAGAUAAUGAUAGAAGACGAGAAGAUCUUCUUUUACAAGAUCUUGUACGAUUGGUCAAUGAACGUGAUGACAUCAUUCAGGAAUUGGAUUUGCAUGAGAAAGUAUUAGCUGCAGAACUAGAACUGGAGCAGAAUGCAGGUUAUAUGUCAUAUGGGAGGCGUAGAAUCGACAAAAGUUGUGUACUACAAUAAUACCUAACUUAUCCAGACAAGCAUGUACAAUGAGCUGUGAAUCAUAAUAUAAAGCAUGUUCCACUGACCACUUCUGUUCGGGAUUUAUUUACUCGCUGAUGUGCACAUCGAUUCCUCUCGAAAAAAAAUAGUACUAUUACGGUCUUUUUCAGCGCCAUAUUUUAAUCACUGUCUCAGGCGAUCACUUUUUCGUGUAUUUCCUCCAGAUGUCAGUUUUAUUUGACCCCAGGAGUAAAUAAAUUGUGAUGUUAAUUUUCAUUUUCUUGUAACUGCUUUGUGCUUUAAAAACGUUCACUGUGUUGUUAACUUUUAUUUCAUAUUUACUUAGAAUAUAUCAAAUUAUUUUGAAAACAGAAUGAUUGUAACCUAUCUUGUACUGUUUUAUUUAUCAAUAAUACGUUUUAUGUAUAUGUAAUCAUUAAUAUUGUAUAUUUCUCUUUUUUUCUUGAGAGUCCAUUAUGACAUUCGAGUUGCGAAUAAUACAAGUUUAAACCAAAGUUA